GGCGGGUGCGUCGAGCUCGCCGCGGACCCAAGAUGGCGGCGUGUGGACGUGUACGGAGGAUGUUCCGCUUGUCGGCGGCUCUGCAGCUGCUGCUGCUCGCGGUGCUCGGGGCAGAGAAACUCUCCGGCCCAGGCGGCCACAACCAGGGCCAGGGCCAGGGGGGCAACUUUCUGCCUCUCGUAGGGCAGCCUGGAGGCGGCGGGCUGGCGGGUCAGCCGCUGCUCCAGCUGCCUCAGUCAUCUCAGUUCCAGCAACAGCAGCAGCAGCAGCAGCAACAGCAGCAACAGCAGCAGCAGCAGCAGCAGCAGCAACAGCAGCAGCAACAGCCUCAGCAGCCACAGCCGCCUUUCCCGGCGGGUGGGCCUCCGGCCCGGCGGGGCGGAGCAGGGCCUGGCGGGGCUGGCGGGGGUUGGAAGCUAGCGGAGGAAGAGUCCUGCAGGGAGGACGUGACCCGUGUGUGUCCCAAGCACACCUGGAGCAACAACCUGGCGGUGCUCGAGUGCCUGCAGGACGUGAGGGAGCCUGAAAAUGAAAUUUCUUCAGACUGCAAUCAUUUGUUGUGGAAUUAUAAGCUGAACCUAACUACAGAUCCUAAAUUUGAAUCUGUGGCCAAAGAGGUUUGCAAAUCUACCAUAUCAGAGAUCAAAGAAUGUGCUGAUGAACCAGUUGUAAAGGGUUACUUGGUUUCCUGCUUGGUGGAUCACCGAGGCAAUAUCACCGAGUACCAGUGUCACCAGUACAUCACCAAGAUGACAGCCAUCAUUUUCAGUGAUUACCGUCUAAUCUGUGGCUUCAUGGAUAGCUGUAAAAACGACAUCAACAUUCUGAAAUGUGGCAGCAUUCGGCUUGGAGAAAAGGAUGCACACUCACAGGGUGAGGUGGUGUCAUGCCUGGAGAAAGGCCUGGUGAAAGAAGCGGAAGAAAGGGAUCCUAAGAUUCAAGUCUCUGAACUCUGCAAGAAAGCCAUUCUCCGGGUGGCUGAGCUGUCCUCAGAUGACUUUCACUUAGACCGGCAUUUAUAUUUUGCCUGCCGAGAUGAUCGGGAGCGUUUUUGUGAAAAUACACAAGCUGGUGAAGGCAGAGUAUAUAAGUGCCUCUUUAACCAUAAAUUUGAGGAAUCAAUGAGUGAAAAAUGUCGAGAAGCACUAACAACCCGCCAAAAGCUGAUUGCCCAGGAUUAUAAAGUUAGUUAUUCAUUGGCCAAAUCCUGUAAGAGUGACUUGAAGAAGUACCGGUGCAAUGUGGAAAACCUUCCCCGGUCCCGGGAAGCCAGGCUCUCCUACCUUCUGAUGUGUCUGGAGUCAGCUGUGCAUAGAGGGCGACAAGUGAGCAGCGAGUGCCAGGGGGAGAUGUUAGAUUACCGGCGCAUGCUGAUGGAAGACUUUUCCCUGAGCCCUGAGAUCAUCCUGAGCUCGGGGGAGAUUGAACACCACUGCUCUGGAUUACAUCGAAAGGGGCGCACCCUGCAUUGUCUGAUGAAAGUAGUUCGAGGGGAGAAAGGGAACCUUGGAAUGAACUGCCAGCAAGCGCUUCAAACACUGAUUCAGGAGACUGACCCUGGUGCAGAUUAUCGCAUUGAUAGAGCUUUGAAUGAAGCUUGUGAAUCUGUGAUACAGACAGCCUGCAAACACAUAAGAUCUGGAGACCCAAUGAUCCUCUCGUGCCUGAUGGAACAUUUAUACACAGAGAAAAUGGUAGAAGAUUGUGAACACCGACUCCUGGAACUGCAGUAUUUCAUCUCCCGAGAUUGGAAGCUGGAUCCUGUCUUAUACCGCAAAUGCCAGGGAGAUGCGUCUCGCCUUUGCCACACCCACGGCUGGAAUGAAACCAGUGAACUUAUGCCUCCUGGAGCUGUGUUCUCUUGCUUAUACAGACAUGCCUACCGCACCGAGGAACAGGGCAGGAGGCUCUCACGGGAGUGCCGAGCUGAGGUCCAGAGGAUUCUUCAUCAGCGAGCCAUGGAUGUGAAGCUGGAUCCUGCCCUUCAGGAUAAGUGCCUGAUUGAUCUGGGGAAAUGGUGCAGCGAAAAAACAGAGACUGGGCAGGAGCUUGAAUGCCUCCAGGAUCACCUGGACGACUUGGCUGUAGAGUGCAGAGAUAUAGUCGGCAACCUCACCGAGCUGGAAUCCGAGGAUAUUCAAAUAGAAGCCUUGCUGAUGAGAGCCUGCGAGCCCAUAAUUCAGAAUUUUUGCCACGAUGUGGCAGAUAACCAGAUAGACUCUGGGGACCUGAUGGAGUGUUUGAUACAGAACAAACACCAGAAGGACAUGAAUGAGAAGUGUGCCAUAGGAGUCACCCACUUCCAGCUGGUACAGAUGAAGGAUUUUCGGUUUUCUUACAAGUUUAAGAUGGCCUGCAAGGAGGAUGUUUUGAAACUUUGCCCCAACAUAAAGAAGAAGGUGGACGUGGUGAUCUGCCUGAGCACCACCGUGCGCAAUGACACUCUCCAGGAAGUCAAGGAGCACAGGGUGUCCCUGAAGUGCCGCAAGCAGCUGCGCGUGGAGGAGCUGGAGAUGACAGAGGACAUCCGUUUGGAACCAGAUCUGUAUGAAGCCUGCAAAAGUGACAUCAAGAACCACUGUUCCACUGUGCAGUAUGGCAAUGCUCAGAUCAUUGAAUGUCUGAAAGAAAACAAGAAGCAGUUGAGCACCCGUUGCCACCAGAAAGUUUUUAAGCUGCAAGAGACAGAGAUGAUGGACCCAGAACUAGACUAUACACUCAUGAGGGUCUGCAAGCAGAUGAUAAAGAGAUUCUGUCCAGAAGCAGAUUCCAAAACUAUGUUGCAGUGCUUGAAGCAAAAUAAAAACAGUGAAUUGAUGGAUCCCAAAUGCAAACAGAUGAUAACCAAGCGCCAGAUUACCCAGAACACAGAUUACCGCUUAAACCCUGUGCUGAGGAAAGCCUGUAAAGCUGACAUUCCUAAAUUCUGCCAUGGUAUCCUGACUAAGGCCAAGGAUGAUUCGGAGUUAGAAGGUCAAGUCAUCUCUUGCCUCAAACUGAGAUACGCUGACCAGCGCCUCUCUUCAGACUGUGAGGACCAGAUCCGGAUUAUUAUCCAGGAGUCUGCUCUGGAUUACCGACUCGAUCCUCAGCUCCAGCUACACUGCUCAGAUGAGAUCGCCAGCCUCUGUGCCGAAGAAGCAGCAGCCCAGGAGCAGACAGGUCAAGUAGAGGAGUGCCUCAAAGUUAACCUGCUCAAAAUCAAAACGGAAAUGUGUAAAAAGGAAGUGUUAAACAUGCUGAAAGAGAGCAAAGCAGACAUCUUUGUGGACCCAGUUCUUCACACAGCUUGUGCCCUGGACAUUAAGCACCACUGUGCAGCCAUCACCCCUGGCCGAGGGCGUCAAAUGUCCUGCCUUAUGGAAGCCCUGGAAGAUAAGCGGGUGAGGCUACAACCUGAGUGCAAAAAACGCCUCAAUGACCGGAUUGAAAUGUGGAGUUAUGCUGCAAAGGUGGCGCCAGCGGAUGGCUUCUCGGACCUCGCCAUGCAAGUGAUGACAUCCCCGUCAAAGAACUACAUUCUCUCCGUGAUCAGUGGGAGCAUCUGCAUAUUGUUCCUGAUCGGCCUGAUGUGUGGACGUAUCACCAAGAGAGUGACACGAGAGCUCAAGGACAGGUAGAGCCGCCUUGACCGCCAGAGGAACCGCCUGUCCAGUGCCCCGUUUGUACAGCCCUCCUGUAGAGUGUACCCACGCACCUCGUCCUUCUGCGAGGUGACACCAGUACCCAUGUUAGAGCAGCCGCAGGUACCCACCGCGUUGUCCCACCUCAGACUUGGCCCUUGUCCAUGGUGUCCUCCUCCUCGACCAUUUGUGCAGCAGCUGGCCGCUUUGGGUAUUGCCUUUGUUGGCAGACUUGGGUUUACCUGCCCAUAGACAAGUCUCAUACCGAUGGAACCACCAGUACUUCCAGAACCAACUCACCUGACCUGCAACUCAAAUGAUUUUUUUUUCUUUUUUUUUUUAAAAAAAAAACAAAAAACAAAAAAAAGAGAAAAUUUUUAAAGAAAGAAAAAAAUGUAUAUAGUAACACAUCUCUUCCGGGCUUGAUUUGAGCAGUGGGGUUGUUUCUUCUGUGUGACGGUGUACAGUGAAGGCGGGACUUGGGGGGAGCACGCCUCCCAGUGCGCUGUAACUGGGCUGUCUGGCUUGUUUCUCAGAAGCACCGUUGGCCCACGUUGGGGCCAUGGACUUCACUGAUGAGUGGGAAAUGACUAACCAGCCCGCUUCAGGGCUUGUUUUCUUCUGCUGCCACCCUAGUAGAGCCACUGCUGGUCAAGACCCCAAGGCCAUGGGUGUUUCUGUGACCGCCUCACCUCAGUGAAGUAGAGUAGGCGCUUCUCUAGGCCACGGGCAGGAGGGUUGGAGAGGGGAUCCGAGUGUGCGAAGCCGAUCAGUCCACUGAUCUGCACUGGAGGCUGGAUCCCGAGGCCCAAGGCAGCUGGAUCCCAGCAACCUUCCUCCUCCAGGCCAGUGAGGACUCAGCCGUGUUCAGACGGACUCUGCCGGGGUGGCAGUUCCUCCAGAAGUCCUGCGCUUCUCUGGGAAGCCGUGGCUGUGGGAGAGGGAGCAGAGGGCAGGAAGGAGGAGCAGGGGUUCGACUCACUUUGCUUUAUUUUUCAGGCCACAAUGCAGGUCAGAGACAAUGGCUUAUAAAGAUUUAGCUUGGGCUCGGGGUGUGACUGGCAGUCCAGCCUGACCUUUCUGCAGGCUCAAGGCCACCUUCCCAGACAAGCUUCCUUAUGCCUCCUAAGUGGAGAGGGUGUGGAGAGUUACUGCAUUAAAAGAUGGGGGCUUUUCUCCACUUUUUCUGUCUCCCCAUUUGCGGCAUACACCCCCUGUCGUAGGCGUUUGGUGACUCGUCAGUCUUGCCUGAGGCUGAGCUUUGUGGAAGCACUGUUCCUGGCUGUCUUCCCCCACCCUCCUCAGCGUAGAGAUGACAGGUUCGGGGUGUAACAGGGAGGAGGCAGGCAUCACGGUCCAGCCUCGCGCGCCUUGGCUGCACAAGAGGGCGGCGUGUACAGUUGGAGAUAUAUUUAUAUAAUAUAUAUUUUAUUAACCUGUUAGACGUCCACAAAGUAUUAUAAAUCACGUGCCUAAAACUGUCCACAUAGCCCACGCGCGCUUCCCCGCCCUGCCCCCGCCUCUGUCCACACGUGCUGCGCGACCUUCCCACGUCUGUCUUCCCUGAAAGCGGGUCCGUUGAUCCAAAGGACUCCUUGUCUAACCUGACUGACAUAUAUUUGAAUACUGUGGUUUCCUUUUUCUUUCUUCUUCCUUUUCACUACCCUUCCCAGAGGCAGUGGGUUCCAAAAGCCAGCUGCACACCCCGCCUAGGAUACUGUAAGUCACCAAGGGGAGCGUCAAAGCUGCUCGGUCCCUUCAGUCCUGCUCUUAGGGUCUUCUUGAUUCUCAGCAGCUGCCCUGGGACUCUUCAGUCUCAUAAAACUUGAAACUCUUGGAGUCUGAACAACACCCCCGGCUACCGCACUGCCGGACUGAACUGAGCCGGCCCAGGUAGUUCACCUCCAGGGUUCCCGCUGGGCUCGAGGGCCUAGGAUCGAGGGGUCGGGAUGUCAUCUGUACACAGGUCCCCACUGACGCGUGUGAUGCGGUUUCCAGGAUAGAGUACGUGUUCCCCAUUUGCUGAGAGCGGGGGUACCAUUCUCCUCCUCCGCAGUCUCCCCCCAGUACAUGUAAAACACCUCUGUGGUUUAAGAUGUCUUGAUGCUUUUGUUCUUUCUGAGCUGAGAGAUGAUCUCAAUUGUCUGAAGCAGAUCUGGAAGUUUGAAAAGGAGUUUGAUUCUUGAAAUAUUUGUCACCUUUCGAAAGGAUCCAAAUAGAUAGAAGGGAUAAUGCUGCUGCUGUCUUUGCUCAUUGCUAGAAAGCAUUUCACCACGCUACUUGGAAUAGUUUCACAUGACCCAUUCUUGAGAGUCCCCGGGAGUGUCCUGAGCAGUUGCCUACGUCCAAGGGGCCCAGCACCAUCUGAACCUGCAGCCCGCCAGUCCCCCUUCUGACCGCAUUUGGUGUAACAGCACAGGUUCUGGGACACCUCUGGUUACUGGCCUCAUAGGUCCUCUUGGGUAAGUUAUCUAGUCGAGAACUAAUCAAGAAGAAACCAUGGCUUUAGUGGAGGAGCUGGUGAUGGGCCUCGUUCUUUAUCUCCUCUCCUGGUGUCUAGCCCAUGAUAGUAACAGAAGCAGCGGGUGGGGUUUUUGGCCUGGGCCAAGGCUCUAAGCACUUGCUGAAGAUGACAGCAGCCAGGAAACUCAUUAGGCCUUGUCAUUUCACUCCAGUGUCUCAGGAACUCAGAUUUAGUGUCUCCACAAUACUCCAGAGGUGCCAGGAAGUCAGAAAUGUAGGCAGAAUGUCAAGAGCAAGGCUGACUGCUCCCUCUAACGGAGCUUCUCACACAGACGGCAGGCUCGGGGAGGGAGACCUUAACCCUAGUGCCUCCCUGGCCGCUGUUCUUGCCGCUGUCCCAAGAGAAGUCUGCCGGCGAGGUGCGCCAGGAUGGGAGGCAAGCACAGGAGCAGGAAGCACUCCAGCAGGAAGGCCCCCCCUCUCAGCAUUCCCUCAAACUCUGGUACCACUACCAGGCCCGGUUCUGUGGCUGCCGGCAGCUUGCCCUGAGCCAGUGCAUCCGUGGAAGCGAGGGGAAUUCUGGUUUUGAGUGAGAAGGUGUGGACUGGUAUUUGUGGCAGGUCUUUGGCUGGCUCACCUCAUGCACUUCCUCUUCUCAGGGAUGCUAAGAGAGGGAGGGAGAGUCUCCUUUCCUAGGUGAGACAGAAGGUUGCCAUCGGAUUUUACUUGUUCCGUUUUCCUAAGGUCAGGUAGUUAGAGAAUCCAGAGAUAAAAGGUCAUGGCACCCGUCUAGGUUUUAGCAGGCAGAGUGCCGACUUGCUUCCACCUCCCAGGGCAAGACUCCCUCUCUUUGUGUGUGACUUCUGCACCACUUCCAGGCUCCCAUCCCCACUAAUGUGAGUCACCCGGGAAAGGGGUCGUGGCUUUCUGGGCUUCCUUUCUUAGCUGGUCUCAAGUUCCUCAGAGAAAAGGCCUUGGCUUCCCAUUUCUUCCCCUCCCCUCCCCCACCACAAAGCAAACAUUCUCUGCAUGUCACUUGCUCUGAGCAGGCAGAUACAGAGAGGGAGCCUGGAGUGGAGCCCCUUGGAAGCCAGCCAACAGAGCCUGACACAUUCAAACUAUAUGUCAGCCAUAGAACAAAAAGAAUAUGGCGUUUUGAAUCAUGUGCAUUUUCGUAUACUUACUUAUAUCUCAGAUUCUUAGGAAUUUGAAAAACUUCAGACUCCUUUUAUUUAUUCUCAUCAUUUGGAAAACCCCUAAGUAGUUUUUUAAAUGCAGGAUUGGGAGUUCCCGUCGUGGCUUAACGGUUAAUGAAUCUGACUGGCAUCCAUGAGGACGCAAGUUCCAUCCCUGGCCUUGCUCAGUGGGUUAAGGAUCCGGCGUUGCCAUGAGCUGUGAUGUAGGUUGCAGACACGGCUCGGAUCCUGCGUUGCUGUGGCUCUGGUGUAGGCAGGCAGCUACAGCUCCGAUUCGACCUCUAGCCUGGGAACCUCCAUAUGCCUUGGGUGCGGCCCUAAAAAGCCAAGGAAAAAAAAAAAAAAAGCAGGAUUCCAGUGCUCUGAGUUCCCCCCAAGCCUUUAGAGACUCUCCAUUCCUGAAUCACCUCUUCCCCAGUGGUCUUCAGUUCCCCAAGGGCGUAGGGCCAGAGCCCGUGUUCUGGUCUCUCUCCCCGCUUCCCCUCAUUCUCCCUCUCUGUCUCUGACUCUGUCUCCUCCUUCCCCUGCCUCUCUCAUUCUUUUUCUCUCUCACUUGCCUUUGCUUUGUCUUCUCUCCAGCUGCACUCCUCUCGGUCCUCCUCUGCACUAGGACAGGGUCACAUGUCAAGGCAAUCGUGUUUGAAGCCGAAUCCCCUUUCCUGCCCAGACCUCAGACAAAAGAUAAGUCAUGAGCAAACCCAGACUGACCUUCCGGGGUGACACGCUCCCCCAGACCAUCUGGUGAGAUCGCAGUGGAGACCCAGGGACUGUCGCUGGAGCACAGAGAGAGCACUGUCUUCUCAGGCUGGUGGUGAGGGAAGCCCACGGUGAUUUCCUCUCCUUCCCCAUCCCCAGGACCCGCCACGACACACAGGUAGGGAUGUCGGGAGGCAGGUAGGGAUAGCGGGAGACACGCAGUGGGCGAGUCUCCCUGGGCCAGGACAAAGCUGAGAUAGUGCCUCUAUAUUCUGUUUUGCCUUCCGCCCAACACUGACACCUGGACCCCGUAGCCCAGCAGGCCCUGCACCACACAUGCUAGAUGAACAUGUGAACAGCUCCCCCGGUCAGACUGCAGUGCACUGGAUGGCACGGCCGACACGAGGGCUGGCAGCCCGAGGCGUCCUGCGUGGCUUCUCCCAGCGCAGUGUUCCCAGGUCAAUCCAAGCAGGAAAACAGACUAUACAGCAAAUGCUGUGUGAGAUCUUAGGCCUUUACUUUUAUGUUUUUGUUUUUGUUUUUAGAGAAAGAAGGAGAAAAAGAAAAGUAAAAUUAACACGCCUCUUUUGUAAAUGGUUUUCCUUUCUGUGUAUAAAAUCCCUGCAGUUCCUUGUUUUUACAUGUUCAUGCUGUGUAAUUUUGAGAUGUUACUGAGAUUCUGAACAUAAUGUGCAUUUUUUUCUGUACAGAUGAAAUGGGAGACUUUAAUAAAGAGUUUGCAGGUUUUUA